GCCUGUGGGGCCACGCCCCCGGCCACUGUCUGAGCUGCACCUUAAGGAAAAGGCAGUUCCCAUGCCGGAAGCCAGUGCAUUUUUCAUCUUCAGCCCAAACAACAGGUUCCGCCUGCAGUGCCACCGUAUUGUCAAUGACACGAUCUUCACCAACCUCAUCCUCUUCUUCAUUCUGCUCAGCAGCAUCUCUCUGGCUGCUGAGGACCCCGUCCAGCACACCUCCUUCAGGAACCAUAUUCUGUUUUAUUUUGACAUUGUUUUUACCACCAUUUUCACCAUUGAAAUUGCUCUAAAGAUCCUAGGCAAUGCAGACUAUGUCUUCACUAGUAUCUUUACAUUAGAAAUUAUCCUUAAGAUGACUGCUUACGGGGCUUUCCUGCACAAGGGCUCUUUCUGCCGAAAUUACUUCAAUAUCCUGGACCUGCUGGUGGUUAGCGUGUCCCUCAUCUCCUUUGGCAUCCAGUCCAGCGCAAUCAACGUUGUGAAGAUUUUACGAGUGCUGCGAGUCCUUAGACCCCUGAGGGCCAUCAACAGGGCCAAGGGGCUAAAGCAUGUGGUUCAGUGCGUGUUUGUGGCCAUCCGGACCAUCGGGAACAUCGUAAUUGUCACCACUCUGCUGCAGUUCAUGUUUGCCUGCAUUGGGGUCCAGCUCUUCAAGGGAAAGCUCUAUACCUGUUCGGAUAGUUCUAAACAGACGGAGGCAGAAUGCAAGGGUAACUAUAUCACAUACAAAGAUGGAGAGGUUGAUCACCCCAUUAUCCAGCCUCGAAGCUGGGAGAACAGCAAGUUUGACUUUGACAAUGUUUUGGCAGCCAUGAUGGCUCUCUUCACCGUCUCCACCUUCGAAGGGUGGCCAGAGCUGCUGUACCGCUCCAUUGACUCCCACACAGAAGACAAGGGCCCCAUCUACAACUACCGUGUGGAGAUCUCCAUCUUCUUCAUCAUCUACAUCAUCAUCAUUGCCUUCUUCAUGAUGAACAUCUUCGUGGGUUUCGUCAUUGUCACCUUCCAGGAGCAGGGGGAACAAGAGUACAAGAACUGUGAGCUGGACAAGAACCAGAGACAAUGUGUGGAAUAUGCCCUCAAGGCCCGACCCUUGCGAAGGUACAUCCCCAAGAACCAGCACCAGUACAAAGUGUGGUACGUGGUCAACUCUACCUACUUCGAGUAUCUGAUGUUCGUUCUCAUCCUGCUCAACACCAUCUGCCUGGCCAUGCAGCACUAUGGCCAGAGCUGCCUCUUCAAAAUCGCCAUGAAUAUACUCAACAUGCUUUUCACCGGCCUCUUCACGGUGGAGAUGAUCCUGAAGCUCAUUGCCUUCAAACCCAAGGGUUACUUUAGUGAUCCCUGGAAUGUUUUUGACUUCCUCAUCGUCAUUGGGAGCAUAAUUGAUGUCAUUCUCAGUGAGACUAAUCCAGCUGAACAUACCCAAUGCUCUCCCUCUAUGAGUGCAGAGGAGAACUCCCGCAUCUCCAUCACCUUCUUCCGCCUCUUCCGGGUCAUGCGCCUGGUGAAGCUGCUGAGCCGCGGGGAAGGCAUCCGAACCCUGCUGUGGACCUUCAUCAAGUCCUUCCAGGUAACCAUGCACCCUUCCCCUCAUAAAGCUGGGAGUGAGACAACCUCUGCUGAGGNGCGUGGGAAGGAAGGGACAACCUUCCUGNUUACUGGAGAACGUGUGGACUACUCCACCAUCAUCUCAAACACCGAAGUCGCGUUCAGCAACCUCCCNAGGAUCCUUGCCUGCAUGGGUGGGAGUGGUCAGCUGAGGUCAGACGCUCUUGCCUCUCUUUGUAGGUGUGCCACCGGAGAGGCCUGGCAGGACAUCAUGCUGGCCUGCAUGCCAGGCAAGAAGUGUGCCCCAGAGUCUGAGCCNAGCAACAGCACGGAAGGGGAGACCCCCUGUGGCAGCAGCUUUGCUGUCUUCUACUUCAUCAGCUUCUACAUGCUCUGUGCCUUCCUGAUCAUCAACCUCUUUGUAGCNGUUAUCAUGGACAACUUUGACUACCUGACUAGGGAUUGGUCUAUCCUCGGUCCCCAUCACCUGGAUGAAUUCAAGAGAAUCUGGGCCGAGUAUGACCCUGAAGCCAAGGGUCGGAUCAAACACUUGGAUGUGGUGACCCUCCUCCGUCGAAUUCANCCCCCANUGGGUUUUGGGAAGUUGUGUCCUCACCGUGUGGCCUGCAAACGCCUGGUGUCCAUGAACAUGCCUCUGAACAGUGAUGGCACAGUCAUGUUCAAUGCUACCCUGUUUGCCCUCGUCAGGACAGCCCUGAGGAUCAAAACAGAAGGGAACCUAGAGCAAGCCAAUGAGGAGCUCCGGGCCAUCAUCAAGAAAAUCUGGAAGAGGACCAGCAUGAAGCUGUUGGACCAGGUGGUGCCCCCUGCAGGCGAUGACGAGGUCACAGUGGGCAAGUUCUAUGCCACCUUCCUGAUCCAAGAGUACUUCAGGAAAUUCAAGAAGCGAAAAGAGCAGGGGCUGGUGGGCAAGCCCUCACAAAGGAAUGCACUGUCCCUCCAGGCUGGCUUACGCACCUUGCAUGACAUUGGGCCUGAGAUCCGGCGGGCCAUCUCUGGGGAUCUGACUGCUGAGGAGGAAUUGGACAAGGCUAUGAAGGAGGCGGUGUCUGCUGCCUCCGAAGACGACAUCUUCAGGAGGGCUGGAGGCCUGUUCGGCAACCAUGUCACCUACUAUCAGAGUGACAGCAGGGGCAACUUCCCUCAGACAUUCGCCACCCAGCGCCCACUGCACAUCAACAAGACAGGGAACAACCAAGCUGACACCGAGUCACCGUCCCAUGAGAAGCUGGUGGACUCCACGUUCACCCCCAGCAGCUACUCAUCCACAGGCUCCAAUGCCAACAUCAACAAUGCCAACAACACUGCCCUGGGCCGCUUCCCCCAUCCCGCUGGCUACUCCAGCACUGUCAGCACCGUGGAGGGCCAUGGGCCUCCCUUGUCCCCUGCUGUCCGAGUACAGGAGGCAGCAUGGAAGCUCAACUCUAAGAGGUGCCACUCCCGAGAGAGCCAGGGAGCCACGGUGAGUCAGGAGAUGUUUCCAGAUGAGACCCGCAGCGUGAGGAUGAGUGAAGAAGCCGAGUACUGCAGUGAGCCCAGCCUGCUCUCUACAGAUAUGCUGUCCUACCAGGAGGAUGAACACCGACAACUGACCUGCCCAGAGGAGGACAAGAGGGAGAUCCAGCCAUCUCCAAAGAGGAGUUUCCUUCGCUCUGCCUCUCUAGGUAAACUCACGCCUCGCUUUGCAGCAAGUAACAACUGA